AUGCCAAAUAAAACUCCCGUUAUGAAUAAUCAGCAUCCUGCUCAGGAUACCCAUGUCAAAUUAAGAGGUGAUACAGUUGCACUUAAUAAUGAUUCCAAGACACCCGUUUUGAAAUUAAAACUUUUGGAAGUUUUGACUAAUGGUAGCUUCCAUUCGUUGGAGACCUUGAUCCAAGAAGAACAAAAUAAUGACACUUUUAAGCAAUUGUUACCAUUGCUAUUGAAUGCGUCCGUACAAGUUUCGCCAUUACCUUUAAUUCAAGAUAUUGUUGCCAAAUGGGCAAAUAAUCCAGCUGCUCCAUUCCCACUAAAUAUUAAUGAAAAGGAUGAAGAUGGGAAUACUCCGUUACAUUUAGCUGCAGCUCAAUCUAGAUCUGAUGUCCUUGAAUUUCUACUUGAUCAACCAACUAUAAAUGAGUGUUCUGUAAAUAAUGCCCAAUUACUACCAUUUGAAAUGUGUAAAAAUGUUAAUAUUGCUCAGAUGAUGCAAAUCAAAAGAGCUAAAUACACUUCAACUAUACAGAAAGAAGCACUAGAAGCAAUGAAAAAUAAUGAUUUCAAAACUUUGGACAAUCUAUCUAAAAAUAGCAGAAAUUCAGAGUUCCUUCGGACUAAAUUCAUGACUAAGACUCAUAUUGAAGGUGCUAAUGAUGAAGGAGAUAAUCUCUUACAUUAUUACAUUGAGAAGAAAAAUGUUAAAAUGUGUAAUUGGUUAUUAGAUCAUGGUGCUGAUCCAACUUUAAAAAAUAGUAAAGGUCAAACUCCCAUCGACUUAUUAUCCGAAACGAUUAAGAAAAAUCAGCAACCAGGCCAACCAAAUGUUGUACCUUCAAGUCUAAAAGUCUUGCAUGAAAAAUUGACAAACGAAAAAUUAAUUCUUGCAGCUGCUAAUAAACUAAAUGAGCCGCCUACUUAUAAGGGGUUCCUAAAGAAGUUCACUAAUUUUGCCCAAGGUUACAAACUACGUUGGUUUGUCUUAUCUGCAGAUGGUAAACUAUCUUAUUAUAAGGAUCAAGGAUCAUCAAAAACCAAAUCUCAUGCACGUGGUACAUUGAACUUAAAAAACUGUUAUCUACACUUAGAUUCUACUGAAAAAUUAAAAUUUGAUCUUAUUGGUGGUCAUGGUAAUACUACUAAAUGGCAACUAAAGGGUAAUCAUCCAGUCGAGACAAACAACUGGGUUUGGGCCAUUCAAGGUGCUAUUAGAUACGCUAGAGAUAAAGAAAUGGUGAAUAAAAACAACAAAUCAAGCAAUGUAUCUCCAGCAUUUGUUAUGAAUAGAAACGCAACACAAACUACCUUAACAAGUAAUGCAGCAGGAACUUCAAAAUCGACUCCAAUACCACUGGCUCAUGGACACACAGAUAAUCAAUUAAAAGAAAGUACAAAGGUACUAUCUCAUACCAAUGCAAAUCAUAGAUUCAGCACUGCAAACUCUAUUCAUUCUGCUGAUAUCGAACUAAGUGACAAAUUGACAAAAUCUGGGAAGGACUACGUUAGCAAGAUGAUCGAGACUCGUCUUGAAUCAACGUCACCAACGGAACAAAGCUCUCCUGCACCACAUUCGCUAGAUCCAAUGGGAAACAAGACACCUUUACAAGAUGACAUCACGAACAAUAUGGAUUCAAUUGUAAAUGACGCCAUGUCAGGAUCUUCAAAAAAGUCAGCCCAUGCAAGUGUGCACCACACAUCCGCUAAUAAUACUACACAUUCUGGCUUCAAAAACUAUUACACAGAUGGCGAAGAUGAUUCAGAAGAUAACCAAGAUGAGGAUGGUAUUGCAAUUAAGUUCGAGAAGGACGAAGAAUAUUUAAAGAUUGAAUAUGGACCAUAUAUCGAGAAGCUAAACGUUUUCCAAAAGACUAUUGGCUUUGAAUUAGAUUCUAUCGAUGAAAUUCUAAACAGUAAGGACUUCUUAGAGCAAAAGAAUCCAGAAACUGUUGUAAUUGUUAGAAGAUCUUUGAAGAAAGUAUACCAAUUAAUUAAUAAUAUGAAUAGGUUAACAUCUCAAAGAGAUGGCAGACUCAUUUCUAUGCUAACUAAACGAAGCGAUGAAAAUAAUGUUUGGAUUCAAUCGGUCAGAGACUUAGAGGUUGAACUUGGUCAGAAGAGUGAAAGAUUAGCCUCCUUAGAUAAAGAACGUAAGUCUUUGAAGAAGACAUUGCAUAAAAAAUUAAUUGAAAGCUCCGAAGUGGAUUCACAAACGCCUGAAUCAGAAGCUUCAUCUUUCCUAGCUGCUAACUCAGCUGCUAAUAGAAGGUCUAGUAUUAUAAAGGCUGCUGGCUUAAACAACACUGGUGAUACCUCUACAGAUACUUUGGCACAAAUUGCCAAAUUUAUUAGUGCCACCAGACAAGAAGAUGGGAACAGCGACGAUGAUGAAUUUUAUGAUGCAGAAGAAUUAAUGAAUGAAAUUGAUCAAUCUGCUGCGGAAGAAACACCAAAGACCUCUGAAAAUGUUUCUAUAAUUCAAAACCCUGAGGAAACUUUGAAUAAUGAAACGGUAUCUACUGCUAUUAACGAACCUAUGGAUAUUCCAAAACUUGCUACACCUUCACCAAUACCUGAUAUUCCAAAUAUUGCUAUUAAUGAUACUGAAAUCGCACCAGCCAAUAUCGACGAGGAAGUAAGAGACCUAAAGAAGGUUAAGAAGACCAAAUCUUCUAAUCUAAAACUUGCUAAGACUGUUUCUUUAGCUGUGUCUGACAUUGCCAAGACCGAGCCUCAACAAGAGAAAGCAGAAUGUAUGACUUCUGAGAAGACUUACAAUGGUUACGAAGAUGGAAUAAGAAAGAGAUUAAAAUUAGAUGAAGAUGAUAGACCAAAAAUCAGUUUAUGGGCUGUUUUAAAGUCUAUGGUUGGUAAAGAUAUGACUAGAAUGACAUUACCAGUCAGUUUCAACGAGCCAACUUCUUUACUUCAAAGAGUGGCUGAAGAUUUGGAAUAUUCAGAAUUGUUAGACCAAGCUGCCUCAUUUGAAGAUUCUACAUUAAGAUGUUUAUAUACAGCUAUAUUUACAGCAUCUUGUUAUGCGUCUACUACAAAGAGAGUUGCCAAACCAUUCAAUCCAUUACUAGGUGAAACUUAUGAAUAUGCUAGACCAGACAAACAUUUUAGAUUCUUUACUGAGCAAGUUUCUCAUCAUCCUCCCAUUUCUGCUACAUGGACAGAAUCUCCAAAAUGGGACUUUUGGGGUGAAUCUCAUGUGGAGACUAAAUUUAAUGGUAGAUCCUUUGGUGUUCAACAUUUAGGUCUAUGGCAUAUAAAAAUCCGUCCAGAUUGUGAUGGUCCUGAGGAUUUCUAUACUUAUAAGAAGCCUGAUAAUACUGUCAUUGGUAUCUUAGUCGGUAACCCACAAGUUGAUAACCAUGGUGAAGUCCGCAUUACUAAUCAUGUUACAGGUGAUACAUGUAUCUUAAACUUUAAAGCUCGUGGGUGGAGAUCAUCAGGUGCCUUUGAAGUUACAGGUGAAGUAUUUAACAAGAAGAAAGAGAAGGUCUGGGUCCUUGGUGGUCAUUGGAAUGAUUCUAUAUAUGCUAAGAAAGUUACUAAAGGGAAGAAUGGUGCCAAUUUAACAUUAGAGAAGACUAAGACUAAUAGUUCGCGUAUCACUAAUGGACCAAAUUAUGAUGGUAAUAAGUUUUUAGUUUGGAAGGUAGCUCCAAGACCAGAUGCACCAUUCCAUUUAACUCCCUUUGCCAUCACUCUUAAUGCACCACAACAUAAACUAGUACCAUGGUUAGCACCAACUGAUACACGUUUAAGACCUGAUCAAAGAGCUAUGGAAGACGGUGAAUACGAUAAAGCUGCGGUGGAGAAGCAUAGACUAGAAGAAAAACAAAGAGCUGUUAGAAAAGAAAGAGAGAUAAAGAAUGAAACAUAUUCACCAAAAUGGUUCACUAAGGACACGCAUCCAAUUACAAAACAGAUGUAUUGGAAAUCUAAUGGUGGAUACUGGGAUACUAGAAAGGACAAGAACUUGAAGGCUGUUAGUUAUGAAAUUUUCUGA